AUGGCCAAGGCCGAGGACUACGGCGCCACCGGCAUGCACCGACGAGAGUCCAAGAUCCCCUACUCGAAAGAAGACUGCCCGCGCAGCUCACGAUCCUCCGAACCCGCCGAUGACCUCCUCGAAGCGCUUGGAUACACGCAGCAACUGGCGCGGUCCAGGUCGACGUUGAGCGUUACGUUCAUGUCGUUUGUGCUGGCUUCGGUGCCCUAUGGAUUGUCCACGACGUUGAUCUACCCCUUGACUGGUGGUGGGCCUUCGUGUAUCAUCUGGGGCUGGGUUGCUGUGUGUCUGUUCAUGAUCUGUGUCGCCGCUUCGCUGGGUGAGAUCACGUCGGUCUACCCCCUGGCUGGUGGUGUCUACUACCAGACCUUCAUGCUGUGUCCCGUAUGGUGCCGUCAACUCGUCGCAUGGCUGACCGGAUGGGCAUUCGUGCUGGGCAACAUCAUCAUCACGCUCUCCGUCAACUUCGGCACCACGCUUUUCCUCAUCGGCUGCGUCAACAUCUUCCAGGACGGCCAGGGCAAUGGUGUCUUCGCCGCCAACGCAUGGCAGACCUAUCUCAUCUUCCUCGCCAUCACGCUUCUUUGCAACGCCAUCUCCGCAUGGGGCAACAGAUGGCUUCCGAUGCUGGACACCCUCACCGUCAUCGGCACCUUCGUCGGCGUCCUCGCGAUCAUCUGCUGCACGCUCGCCAUCGCCGCCGAAGGCCGACGCAGCGCAGCCUGGGCCUUUGGAGGAUUCGAAGUCACAUCCGGAUGGAAUCCCCCUGGCUGGGCGUGGUGCGUUGGAAUCCUGCACGGCGCCUACGCCACCUCCGCUACCGGCAUGGUGGUCUCGAUGUGUGAAGAAGUCGAGAAGCCAGCCACGCAAGUUCCAAAAGCGCUCGUCGGUGCGAUUGUUCUGAACAUGCUUUGCGGCUUGGUCUUCUUGAUCCCGCUGUGCUUCGUUCUCCCGGAUAUCUCCAGCAUUAUCAACGAUCCCUCUGGUCAGCCGAUGCCGGCUAUCCUGCGCUCAGCUAUUGGCAACGAGGCUGGCGCUUUCGUCCUCACUGUUCCUAUCAUUAUCCUGGGCAUCCUUUGCGGAGUCUCCUGCACCACCGCCGCUUCGCGCUGCACGUGGGCUUUUGCUAGAGACGGUGCCAUCCCAGGCUCGCGCCUACUAAAGUUCGACCAAGUCAACGACAAGAUGGGCAUCCCCCUAAACUCGAUGCUUCUCAGCAUGGUCGUCCAAAUCCUGCUCGGUCUCAUCUAUCUCGGUUCCAGCGCCGCGUUCAACGCAUUCAACGGCUCCGGUGUCAUCUUCCUCACCCUCAGCUACGUCAUCCCAGUCGCGGUGUCGUUCUUCACGGGCAGGAAGACCAUCGCCUCGGGUAAAUUCAAUCUUGGUGCUUUCGGUGUCUUCGCGAAUGUUGUCUCGAUCGCAUGGUGUCUCUUCGCCAUCCCCCUCUUCUCCAUGCCCUCCGCACUCCCCGUGGACAUGUCCACCAUGAACUACGCCUGCGUCGUCUUCGUCGGCGGAUUCGCCAUCUCCGGUCUCUGGUAUUACAUCUGGGGACGCAAGAACUACAGCGGACCCAAGGUGACGGAAGUGACCGAGGAGCUCAGGAGAGCGAGCAGGACCAGUGCGACAAUGCAUAUGUGA